AAAGGACCAUGAAGAACCUUCCCCAUUCUCAUGGGCUACUCAAGAUGCAGGUUGACAGUGGACUCAACUCUGGGAUGUAUGCAUCAGAGAUGGGCUCAGAGACUUGGACUCUGUCUUCGAUCUUGAAGCAGCCCUGCAGCUUGAUCACAGGCCCUCUCAGCCUCAGAUCGCAUUGGUACUGUUGGACCCGUGUAGUUUCAGCAGCAGUCCUGCUGAGAUGUGAGGAUGUUACAGUCAUCAGCAGGUCAAGUGAAAGAUCUGCUUCGUACCUCGGAGCAAACUCCAAUCUCCUUGCUUUAGGUCUUGGAGACCAUCUAGUUCAACCAUGGACCACCAUCCAUGAAGGACACACCCACCCUGCAUUCUCCACACAGAAAGACACAGAGGAGGCUCCCUCCUGGGACCUCAGAUUAGGCAUAAACCACACCCAAACACCUGUUUUUACUGAGAGAUUCUUUCUUAAGGAGGGCAGAAAAGUUAAAGUGGCUGAUUUCAGAACCCAGAGUCUGCUGGACUCCUCAUCAGGCCCAUUAAACAGAGAUGCCAUUGAGUAGCCAUGAGACUCGUUCUGAGAAUGUUUG